CGAUCAGUAACGGAUUGGACGCGUACGCGAUCGUGCGAGUUGUGCGCACGUAACGAGGCGGGCGUACACAGUACACGGGAAGAUCUCGAUCGCGUAAUUGAGUCAAUCUGCUAAGUCGCGAGUGCGGGUGAAGCUUUGGCCCAGAACAACGUAUAAACACACGAAAGAUAUUGUGGAAAGUGGAAGAGUUCUGAGCGUGAUCGCUAAUCGCUUCUUCAAGCAGAGCAUCAUACAUGAGUGUGUGAAGUGUUCUAGCUCCCGGAAGCAUCGAAGUUACGUCCAAAACCGGGUAGGUGGAACGGGUUGUUCUAAACCCCACAACCGUUUCUGUUUGCAGUAGCCGCUGUUGCUGCUGCUGGUGUUGUUGUUGUGGCGUACAGUGGCCGCGUCUAGCCAGCCAGCCGCUGAUAACCAUCAAUUAGGGCUAAUGCAAAUUACACAGCGACACAGCGACGCAGCGAACCUGGAACAAUGAUUAAUAUGCAGCAAUUACUGUCCACGGCCACGGCGGUGCGGUGCAGUGGCCGGCGGUCUGCAGUGGGCGUCGGUGGCGCACCGCUACGGCACGGUCCGGCGUCCGGCGGUCGGGUCGCCCACGUGGCCCUGCUGCUAGCGGCGGUGCUGAUCGCGGUGUGCGGGUUCGGGUGGACCGAGGGCUACCUGGACGACCGGCAGCCGGUGUAUCUGGAGGCGAAGAUCGGCUCGUACGUGAUACUGGACUGUCCGGUCGAUUUCCCGCAGGACGAACCCAUCCCGUACGUGCUGCACUGGAACAAGGAUAACAAACCUGUCUUUACUCUAUACGAUGGCGUGCUAAACGCUUACGAAACCUUCAUCGGACGUGUGACGCUCCUCAACAACGACAUACUCUACGGCAAAGCGUCCCUCAAUCUGACCUCGAUACGCGAAAGCGACAACGGCUGGUACGAGUGCAAAGUGAUCUUCCCGAACCGUGUCCCGAACAAGCGCAACAAUGGCACCUGGUUUCACAUUUCCGUGCUUGGCGGAACACUGUUACGCAUUCCACCCGUCAACCAGACCGUACUGGAAGGCGAUCCAGCCUUUUUCCACUGCGUCGUCCAGAAUCCGGAAACGAUGUUCGUCGAGUGGUACAAGGACAAUGUGUCGCUGCUGGAGUACUACGAUCUGGCCCAUCGUUCGAUGAUGGGUCCGGACGGUAGUCUCACGAUCAACCCGACGCAGAUGAGCGAUCUUGGGUUCUUUACCUGCGAGGUGCGCAACUCUGCCAACGAUACCCAGUCAGCUAGUGCCUACUUGAACGUACAGUAUAAGGCAAAGGUAGUGUACGCACCGAAAGAGGUAUACAUUCCGUUUGGUGAAUCGGCCGUGUUGAACUGUCACUUCCGAUCCAAUCCACCGUUGAAGAAUUUGCGCUGGGAAAAGGAUGGAUUUCUGUUCGAUCCGUACAAUGUGCAGGGUGUAUUCUACAACCGCAAUGGAAGCCUUCAAUUUGACAAAGUAGACGACUCACACGCCGGCCGAUACUCCUGCACACCGUACAACGAUCUCGGCACCGAUGGACCCUCACCGAUCAUCAACGUAAUCGUGCAAAGGCCACCGUUUUUCACCAUCAAACCGAAGCUCGUGUACGUCACCAAGAUGGGCGGUACGGUCCAGAUGCAUUGUGAUGCACGGGAUCGCGACGGCUAUCACAUUCCGCAGAUAACGUGGAUAAAGAAAGAUGGUAGCCUUCUGCCGUACGGUCGAUUCUCCGUGAACGGAGGCAACAUUACGAUCGAGGACAUCGUUGAGUCCGAUCGGGGAAUCUACGGCUGUCAGGCGACGAACGAGGCGGCCACCGUGACGGCUGAUGCAGAGAUUAUGAUUGAAAACGUGUCACCGCGAGCACCGUACAAUCUGACCGGCAACAGUACCGACACCUCGAUCACGAUCCGCUGGGCGCCGGGCUAUAUUCGCCAGUAUCUGGAGUACAUCAUCUGGUACCGGUUAGCAGAAGCGCCCGAGUGGCGAACACUCAAGGUAAAUGAUAAGCACGUCCUGGAGGCAACGAUCACCAACUUGCAGCCAGCGCGGGAGUACGAGUUCAUGGUGCUAUGUCAGGACAACUACGGUGAUGGAAUGUUUAGCAAAGCGUUCCGUUACUUUACCAAACCGACUGAGUUUGAGCAACCGGAAAAUGGACUGCAAGAUGCACUGCUCCAGUUCAGCCAGAUCGGAUCGCCGAGGAACUUUUACGUGCGCAAAGAGCAGGACAACUUUGUGGCUCGCUGGGAACCGCCGGAGCUCGGGCUGGAUCAGCUUCGCUUCUACAUUCUGCGCUGGUGGAUCGAACCACAGCACAAGCUGCACGGUAGUGCAGAAACAUCCGAGACGCAUUAUAUACUUGAGCAGCUCGAUGAAGAUGAGAUGUACACGAUCCAGGUGUUUGCCCUAUCGACCACCAACUACACCAGUGGCAGCAAUGAGUACGAGCUGUACGUCUACCCUUACCGGCGUGUCAAGGUGAUGACGGUCAGUGGCGUGCUGAUACUGCUGUUCUGUCUCGCCGUCAUCAGCACGUUGCUCUACAUGAAGCGGAAACGAAUUCGGCAGCUGCGUGAGGCGGAAAAUAUGAAAAUAUAAGCCAUAGAAACGACCCAAAACCGUUACAUACAUCCGUUGAAAAGAACAAAAACACUUACGCGUCAACUCUUUCACACACACAUACACACACAGACAUCCCCACCAUACAGCCGCAUGUUAAGCAAUGUCGUCCAGGGAUUCGCCAUGCUCAGAUACGUCUCCAUGGCCAUGUGACCGUUGUAGUCCUUUUUUCGAUACUGACCUGCCGAAUGUUCCAGCUGCCCCGUUUCGGAAGUAGUGUGUAGUGUUCGUUUGUAGUACAUAUUGUCGUUUUAGCAUAGCGGAAUAUAUUAUGAUAGGAAAAUACGAAACAAAACAGUAUGAAGCACCAGAAGAGCAUAUAUUAAUAAAAGUGUUAAUCGUUGAACGUUGAGAAACUGUGUGUGUUGCUGUCAGCGGACUAAUUUGAUGCAUUGGUUGCAAAGUAGUUGAAAUCAUACUCAAAAAAAGAGGAGACAGGUGCUAUUGGGAAGCAGUAGAACGGUUUUGUUUAUCUAUAGUGCGAAACAAUGAGAUCUUGUCAUUAACUAAUAAAAAACAAAUUAAACAUAAGAAAAA